GUCUCCUGCACUCUCCUGACGAGGUCAAAGUUCACUCGUUGCCACUAGAAGAACGCGUUAUAGUCAAGUGGGUGCCACGAAAGCAGAAAUCUUCAAGCAAUACUUUUAUCUACACGAUGCCUGUGUUAAAUUUACAGACCAAUAUAAGUGCAGCGAAAAUUCCGGAAGAUUUUGAGCGCCAGCUGUGUGAAAAGGUCGGAGAGGUACUAAAUAAACCACUGGAGCGUAUCACACUGACCAUCACUACAAAUCUACGGCAGUUUCGUGCUUCAAGUGCAGAUCCAAUGGUGGUGCUCUCCAUUCAUUCUAUAGCAGUUUUUGAUGAGGAGAAGAAUCCCAACUACACUCCACCACUUCUCAGUUUCCUGUCGGAAAAACUGAGUCUGCCUAAGAGCAGGAUUCUUGUUCUGUACUUUGACCUUCUGCCUUACCAGAUAGGGCAGCAAGUUUAAGCUGCAGCCUGUAUUGGAUGGAUAAUCUGCCUUACCACUUGGUGUCAAUUUGAUUGAAGCAUGAUCCCUGAGUGAAACCAUGUUUUUAACCUUGUACAAUAACAUUAAGCAGAACCUAGAUAAUCCAAUCCGAUAACGUAACAUAGUCAACAUUUACUAGUCAGUACAUGACCCACCUUUAUUUUAGAAUGAAUCAUGCACAUUGAUAGUUUCACUAUUGCAGAAGUUUGUGAUAACAUUUGCUGUUAAAAAUGGAAUCUUUGUCCACAAAAGUUCAUGGAGAUAGCCUGUGAUAGCAACAAUCAUUCCAUUAAUUAGUCUGCAACUUUUUUUUUAACAGUGGAGCAAAGUAAUGAAGAUUAUUUAGAGGUGUUCACAUUGUGAAAGAUGUAUGGACAGGGCUUCUGCUAAGGCUUAAUUCUUUGGGGUCCCAGGGACUCCUUCAGAUUUUUAAGGGGUCCCUGUUCUUCGCCCGAAUUUGAAUGGGACCCCAUUGACGAAAAUUGAAGGGGUCCUCCGAACUUUUAAUGCGUACUGUACGCAAUUUUUUGUGUAAGCAGAAGCCCUGAUGGAGAAGCAAGGGAAGACAAGAGGAUAGGAGAAGUAAAGGAGGGAUGGUUAGGGUAAUGAUACAUGAUUGAUGAGAGAUGCUUGAAGAACUGAAAAAGAUUUCCAGCGAAUGAUGCAAUGACUGUGCAGGUUAAGUACCUUACAUUUGUGUGUAAACGUGCAGAAUGGCAAUGCAUAAUAGUAAUUCUCACUGUCACUAACUUUGCCAAGUAGGCUUUGAUGGUGAUACAGCUAAUGUGCAAUGGAUUUCAGUAUAGCAGUCUUGAUAGCAUACACUGAUGUAGGAAAUUAGGGCAUUUUGUUUUAACAGGGGAACAACAGCUGCUGUUAGGUCCAGGCAUACGACCUAUAAAUGGAGCAAAUGUCAUUACCAGUUGUGUUCUGUAGUUUCGUGAUAAAAUUUCUGAUGCAAUGUAAAUGAUGUUUUUUUAAUGUACACUUAAUUUGUUAAUUAAAUAUGGUGUCCUUUCAA